AUGGACUUAUCGCAAAAUAAGUACGGACAGAAACCAGAUUCUUCGUCAAUGGGUCAGCGUUAUCCGAUGCUACGAGCUUAUUUGCUGGCAGAGCCAAGUGAAUACAAUAAAAUACAUAACGGACCAUCGGCGUCAGGAUAUAACAACAAUAACAAUUCUGCAUUUGUUUCGUCAACAGCGACGUACAGCGGCAAGCGCAAGCACGAGGAUGAUGGAAAUACAUCGCAAAAAAAGUGA